AUGUUAAUAAAAUCCUUAACUUCACUCGGAAAUGUUGGAAACACAUCGUCAAUGACCAAAAACUUUGGAUCAUCAAGUGGAAGUCUUUCUGGUCAAACUUCCAACACCAGUACUGGUGGUCUUGGUGAAACUGUUUCUGGUUUAUUAGACAGUGUACUUGGAUUGGUAAAUGGUCUUUUAGGUUAA